CACGAUCUCUGGCUGCUCUUCCGCGCUCAACAUUUAGCUUGUUAUGCAUUAUAUGAGUGCGGGACGAACUGCAAGUCGCAGGACGCAGCCCCACAUUACAACGCCUGUCACACAACGGGUUGUUGUAACGCGCUUGUAAAGCACUACGUAGCCGACAUUACGUAUCAACACCUUGAGAUACAUCUAAUUGCCACAAUCGUCAGUUCGUCGAAGUGCUUUUUGACGGGCGGAAGCUCAUAGCCUAAUAAGUUCUCCCUGCCUCGGCCCCGAGUAGUCGCCACGAUUCCACCAGGGCUAGAUACAUACUUUGCGGGAAGCGCAUUCAGCACCGGUGACUCCACCACGUUCCAUUUUGCCUGCCCGCUGCGACGCAACUCACACCCGUCGCACACCCGUAAUCCAGCUUCGCGGCUCUGCGAGGAAGAUAUUGAGUCACUGAGCUUAGCUCAGUGCAAACCCGCCGCUUCUCCGGCUGAGAUGUCGGCCUCAACUCCGCUUCAGAACCAACUGCUUGGAGCGUAUACCACGGUUCGGACAUAGAGUGCUCUCAGCUUGUGGCGGAACUGAUGCAGAAGCCGCACGCCAUGGACGGGCCAGCGGCGCCCGACGGCACGGCUGUGACGCUCUUGCUUCCCGGAUCGGCCGGAUCCGUCACUGCAGGGCUCGAGCCCGUAGGCAGGAUGGACAGCGAAAGCGGCGUGGAGAGCCUACCGCCGCUGCCUGCCGGCGCCGGCGGCAGCCCAACGCGGCUGAGCACGCCUGGGAACGGCGCCGGCCGCAACACCACAAUCUCCUUUACGCCGGACACAGUGCUCAAUGACGCCGGCGGCACGAAGCGGGAGGGGGCCUCGCAGAGGUCGCUGAACGCCGUGUCCUCGUUCGGACACGUGGCGUCUCUCAAGUCGCUGGCAUGUGACUCAGUUGCAGACGUGGGCGAGUAUGAACCCGUCCACUCGGCCCGUAGCAGCGCGAGCUUCGGCGUCGCAGAGCGGCCGAACCUCCUGAAGGAGGCGUCUAUGAAACAGAGGAGCCGCAAGUCUCUGCUGGGACCGCUGGCUCAUCACUCCAACAACGUUGGGGGCGGGCAGCCGAACAGCACCCUCUCUCCGCUGCCACAGCCACAGAAGUUGUCGAACAGCGGCGCAGGGGCGCCCUCGCCUGGCUUGGGGGUCAAUGGCGCCGCUGGUGCCAGCGGGAGCGCGAGCAUUCUGGGCCACAUCGGCACUCCACUAAUGGCGGCUGCGCCUGCAGCGACGCUGGGCUCGCCAUCAGCCGACCUGCGCGCGCGGCGCAUUAGCGCACCGGGGCAAAACCUAUUCAAUGGAGUGCCAGACAGCGGGGUGAAUACCGCCGCCGCGGGCCAGACGAACUUUGCGACCGGGGGGCUCACGGUGGCGCCCUCCGGGCGAUUCAGCAACGCGGGAAAUGGCGCCCCCAAGAAGGGCUUCCUGUUUGUUGAAGAGGACGACAAGGAGGCGAGGGGAGGGGCCAAGGCGCAGCAAGAGCAGGCGAUAACGGGCAAGGCUGCGGUGGCAGCGUUGAAGCUGCGACAGGAGGCCGCGGCGGGGAUGAAGGGUGUCGGCCGUCGUUCAUCGAGCGGCGAAGCGGCGGGCGGCGGUGCUAUCUACAGCGUGCCGCCGAUCCCGACUGCGGAGUGGUUUGACAUGAUGGGGCCUGACGGGCAGCGCCCGGCGGCUGCUGCGCCCAGUGGCGGCAUGUGCGGCUGCUUCGGCGGCGGCGGCCAAGUCCCGCCACAAGUGGCGCAGCAGCGCAAGUGGUGGCGCGCGCGGCUGCGCGCCGCGCUGCAGGCGGCUGACGACGAGGAGGUGGUGGACUGGAUCUCAUUCCACAAUAGCCGCGACGGCCCCGCGCGCGAUGCGCCCGAGCUAAACGCGGUCCUGUGGCUGUGUCUCGAGUUACCGCAGCCAGGAGCGGCGCCGCAGCUUGCGAAGCUGCUGCUGCGCGGCGGAGCGUCGCCCAACGCGCCGCGGCCAGCAGGGCCGCCGGGCUCCGCGGCGGCCGCAGGCAAGCCCGCGCUUGUCAACUUAAAGGGCAUGGGCGACAGCAACGGGCCUGGCGGCGUCAAUUGGCUUGCGGGGCUGACGCCGCUCAUGCGCGCGGCGGAACUGGCGUCGCCGGCGCUGGUGGAGCUGCUGUUGGCAGCAGGUGCCGACGCGGCGGCGGCGCAGCCAGGUAGCGGCCUGACGGCGCUGCAUCGCGCGCUGCUGGUGACGCCGCCAGAGGCGACGUCAGAGUCAGGAGCCGCCCCCGCCGGCGUGAAGAGCGCGAUGAAGAAAUCCGGUGCUGACGUCAACGCUAGCGGCGACCUGGAGUCAAUGCCGGCGUACCGCUGCGCUCGGCUGCUGCUGGACAGGCUGGGGCUAGAGCGUGCGGGCAACCUGCGCGCCGCUGGCGGCGCGGCGGGCAGCAGCGCCGACGUCGCCGGCGCUGGAGACUUUGGCCUGGUCCGCUUUGCUCGUCGUCAUGGGCGUGCAGAGGCGGCGCGCUGGCUGCUGGGCUUGGGGCUGGAUGACGAGCCCGAGCCGGAAGUGUCAAUGACGGAUGCGGGAGAGGAGGAGGACGCGGCGGCUCGCAUGUCGAACGGUGCGCGGCCCGGCGCGCCCGGGCACGCUGCCUCGGGCCCCAAGGGUGUCGGCGUCGGUGGCGGCACAGACAGCGGGGCCCCGAUGCUCGGUAGCCUGCUCAUGGGUGCGCACAACUCCCCCGCCGCCGGCAACGGCAUGGACGGCGCCCGUGCCGCUGCCGGUACUGGCCCGGCAUCCCCGCUGCAAGCCUCAAACUCCAAACGUACCCUGCUGAGUCUUGGUAGCACCAAAAGGCAGCAGGCAGAGCCGCCCGGCAGCAUCUCCUUGGUCGGUGUUGCGGCGCGAGCCAGCGGCGACGGGGGUGUCCCGCUGCUGCACAAGCAGGUCUCCACCGGAAGCCGGCCCACAGGCUCGCUGUUUGGCGGUCCCGGUGGUACUAGCAUUAAGCAGCAGCUGAAGCUACAAGCUGCGAGUAGCCUUGAAAGGGGCCACGCCGCGGGCGCGGGCGCAUCGCCAGUGCUGGGCGAGACGCCGGAGAACCAGGAGGCCAGGCUGCAUUCCGCCCUGGACGCCGCACUGCGCAGCGGGCGCCUGGAGCAGCUGGAGGAGGCGCUGGCGCUGCCGCACCUGCUGACACAGGCCGCCGCCCCGCCGAACAGCGGUAUCGGCAGCGGUGGCGCAAGCACCGAAGCGCUCGCGGCAGCGGCUACGGCCGCCUCACACUUGGCAUCAAUCGCCAACGGCCGACUAGACAUGGUGCGUCAGCUGCUCGCCAAGGCCUCCGGCUCCGCCGCAGCAGACGGCGCGGACGGCGCCGGCGCCGCCGCGGCGGUGCGCUACUACCUUGUCGCCAAGGCGGCGAUGCUGGAGGCGGCGGCGACGGCACACGGCCGUGCGGCGGAGUUCUACACGGCGGCGGGGCGGCAGAGCGAGGCGGUGGAUGAUGUGCUGGCGGCCAAGCAGCGCGAGGCCGGCGAGUACGGUCUGGGUGAGGAGCUGACGGCGCGCUGCCAGGCGGCGGUUGUCAAGACCAUGACGACACGUGACACCGUGGUGGCGGCGAUUGAGCAGCGCAGGGACGCGCACAUGGUGGCGGUGGAUGAGCUGGUGGAGAAGCGGCUGGCGGGACUCAGCGAUGCGUCCAAAUUGGCGGAGACCCAGGCUGCCUCCAUGAUCGAGCGCAUGAUUGAGGCGGUGGGGGUGGAGGUGGCGCGGCGGGAACGGGAGAUAGAGGACGCGCGGCACGAGGCGGCGAGCCGCAUGAUGAUGAUGGAGCGCCAACUGGACGACCUGGCAUUCCGCAAGCAGAUGCAGAUGGCGCGAGACACGGGCGAGGCACGAGCCGCCUUCAACCUGCGCAUGGGCGAGUACCGCAAGGCCGUGCAGGCCCAGCGCAAGGCGCUUCAGCAGCACCUGGAUGACGUGGCGCGAGCCGUCGACAUCCAGUCCAAGCGCGUCACCACGCGCGCCAAGAACGCCGGCGGCUGGCGCGGCGCGCUGUCCAAGCGGCAACAGGCGCUGGCAUGGGAGGCGCGCAACACGGCCGGCAAGAUUAAGGAGGCGAUUGCGGCGCGGGCAGAACAGCUGAUGCGGUCUGGGCGCAUCCCGCACCUGCUGCUGUCGCUGAGCCAACUGGGCAGCGAUGUGACACGCAAUGCCACCACCACCAGCGCGGGUGUGAACAGGACGUGCGGCGCACUACUGGCGCUUGCGUCCGAGGCGCGACAGUCCCUUGGCGGCUGGGUCACCGUGGGGCGACAGGAGGUGCAGGAUUACCUGACGGGCCUGGUGUCGGCGCACAGCAAGACGCUGGAGCAGAUCAUGGCUGCAGGCGCGGCCGGCGUCAACGGCGGCGAGCUGCCGCGCGUGCCGCCCGCUCCCGACACCGCCCGCAACCUGCAGAACCUGGACGCCGCCUCGGCGCUGCGUGGGUACAACCUAACGGACACGCGCAGUAGCGCCGAGGGCGAGGCGCGCGCGGCGGCGGCGGGGGCGCUGGUGGCGCUGCCUCGCCUGCUGGCGGAGGUGGACGCGGCGGUGGAGGAGGUGGUGGCGGGCUGCAACGAGCAGAUCCGUGACGCGCUGCCCGAGGCCACGCUGGUGGAUGGGCUCAGCCUGGGCGACUUCGGGCCGCUGCUGGACCAGGCCGCGGAGGAGCUGCUAGGGCCGGGGCUGGAGGCGCUGCUGGUGGAGGAGAUGGGGCUGCGCGGCGGCCUCACCACGGUGGAGCUGCAGCUGCCAACACUCAACAUGGACGAGCUCGUGAAGCCGCUGGAUCUCGAUCUGGCUGACGUGGACCAGAGCGCAAUUGAUGCCCAUGGCGGCGCCCGCCGCACCGGCUGGGCCGACAGCCCAGGCGGCGGCGGCGCUGGCGGCGGCGCCGGCGGCGGUGCAGGUGGCGGCGCCGGCGGUAUGCCGCCACCGGGUUACGGCAUGCCGCCGUACGGCAUGCCACCGCCAGGGUACGGCAUGCCGCCGCCCGGUUACGGCAUGCCACCACCAGGUUACGGGAUGCCGCCGCCAGGAUACGGCAUGCCGCCGUACGGGAUGCCGCCGCCAGGGUACGGGAUGCCCCCGCCUGGGUACGGCAUGCCCCACGCGGCCUGGGGUGGCGGCUGGUACGGCCCGCCACACCACGGGUACGGCCAUCCCGGUCAGCACGGCCGCCACGGCAAGGGCCGUGACAGCGACGACGAUGAGGUCAUGAGCGAUGGUGGCAACCGCCAUGGCGGCAACAAGGACCACGAGGAUUGGGGCAUGAGUUAUUCGUAGUGCACUGACGGAUAGGUGGUAGGAUCCUGCUGGGCCGGUUCAGAGGCUCAGGUGGCGACCGUGGCUAGAAUGGUCUGGCAAUGCUGCAUGCUUUUUCAGCUCAGUUGAGCUGAAUGCCGUUUUGCAGGAUCCAUAGAUCCUGUGUAGGCACGAACAUACGGCACUGUCACAGGGCAAGACGUUGUACAGGAGCCGCUAUGGCUUACUCAUGGCACACCCAGGGUGGCCCCUGCCAUGCAUGUCAGUGACGAUGCGUGACGUGCUCACGUGACGCGUUUACGCUUUUGGCGGCUUUUGGAUUGUACAUAUCCUUACAUUGCGCAAACGGGCCUGGGAUGCCGUGCACUGGUGUGUUGUUGAGGGAAACGUGGCGUGGGCGCAGCCCACAUUUCCCUUUAAAAGGGAAUACCGAUUAUAGGUUACAUGGUGCUCCACGCGGACCACACGACGCACAGUGCAAUGUUGGCCAUGUGGGCGUGCAAUUUGGUCGCACACCUACGUUAUAACAUGUGAACACACGUGUUAUUCAUGUCAGCAGAAUGACGCGUAAGUCUUGGGACUCUCGUGUGCACGUUGGACGUUUGGAUUGUAUGUCUGUGCGUAGACUGCUUGAUGCGGUGAAGACAGUACUGGUAUGUGCUGGAUGGAAGUUCAUUAUGUUUCAGAGGCAAGAGGCAGCGUACGGUUAUACAUGCGCCACGGUGCUACUGCAACUUACGCACUGGCGAGUGUGUUUCCUGUCGGCGAGGGCUGGCAUGGCAAGUCGGAGGAGAGCAACGCGUGCUCCUGCUUAGCAGGAGGCGUCCAACAAGGUCAAGGCGAAGCUACCGCAAGUGGCAGAGGUGGCAGUUGGUGGCGACAGGCUAGACGCACCGGCAUCCCAGUUACGCUACACCCUAUCAGCGGCGGGAAGCAGAGGCAUGUGUCCAAUGUAAUUUACACACCACGU